UUGAGCUGAGUGGACGUGUGCUGGGCUUGCUGAACCUGAGAUCACUGAGCUGCCGGGUUUCGCGGUGUAGAAUUUUAAGACAUUCGAUCGAUAAAUUCGUUUCGAUCAUAGAGCAUCAGUGAUAAAAUAACAUCCAUCAUGAACAUGGUAUCAUGUGUGAAUAAUUUAAUCAAUAUUGAUUGAACUAGUCCAAUUUUUAAUACAUACUAUGCCUCCAAGAACAAUCUGAUGUAAAAACAUUCACAACAUUCCUCCAAAUUAAAAUCGCAUAUAAAAAUAAGUUAAGAAGGACAUUCCAAACAAUGUACAUUUCAUCUCCCCUCGACCCGAGGACACAUUCAGUCCCAAAAAUCUUCGUCGUAAUCAUUGUACUGGCAGUCAACAUGGGCCCCAGCGCGGGCCAGACGUCCGGCGAGGAGUUCACGCUGAGCAUCCUACACGUCAACGACGUGCACGCGCGCUUUGAGCAGACCAACGUGUACUCGGGCCGCUGCACGCCCGGCGACGAGGAAAACAACCGGUGCUACGGCGGCUUCGCCAGGAUUCACUCGGCGGUGAAGAAGCUGCGGGCUGAGCUGCCGCACACGCUCUUCCUGGCGGCGGGUGACUACUUCCAGGGCACCGUGUGGUACUCCAUCCACCGCUACAAAGCCAUGGCACACUUCCUUAACAUCCUCAACCACGACGCUAUGUCACUCGGCAACCACGAGUUCGACGACGGCAUCCCGAACCUCGUACACUUCCUAGAGAACGCCUCCUUCCCGGUGCUGGCCGCUAACAUCGAUGAUGCGCGCGAGCCCACGAUGCAGGGCAAGUACGCUAAGUCGGUCGUCAUCGAGAGGGGAGGCAGGCUCAUCGGCAUUGUCGGCUACGUCACCACUGAAACUCUGCGGAUCGCAGACACCGGAAAGCUGGACAUUACGGACGAGAUCACAGCGGUGCGGCGCGAGGCGCGGCGCCUCAAGAGCGAAGGCGUCGACAUCAUCGUCGGCCUCGGACACGCGGGCUACCGCAAGGACGUGGAGCUCGCCAGGCACGUCGUCGAGCUCGACGUCGUCGUCGGCGGUCACACCAACACCUUCCUCUACACGGGUGCUGACCCCUCGACGGAGGUGAGCGUGGACCAGUACCCCAGCGUGGUGACGCAGGCGGGGGGCAGGCAAGUCCCAGUGGUGCAGGCGUACGCGUUCGGCAAGUACCUGGGGAGGCUGGACGUGACAUUUGACGACCGGGGGGAGGUGGUGCGCUGGACCGGCAACCCUAUACUUCUGGAUAACUCCAUUGAGAGAGAUCCCUUCAUCCUCUCAGAGUUGGUGCCCUGGAAGAUCCAAAUGAACGCAAUAGUGACGGAAGAAAUUGGCAAGACUUUCGUGUUUCUGGACGGCAACCGCCUGUCCUGCCGCAUGAAGGAGUGCAACCUGGGCAACCUCGAGACCGACGCGGUCAUCCAUCUGAAUGCCAAGUUUCCGGACGACCUGGAGUGGGCUAGGACGAGCCUGGCCGUCAUCAACGGCGGCGGCAUCCGCAGUUCCAUUGACGAGCGAGCAUCAAACGGAACUAUCACUAUGGAGGACAUCCUGACGGUGGCGCCCUUCCAGAACACCAUCGACAUCGUGGAGCUGCGAGGGCGCCACGUUCGGGAGAUGUUCGAACAUUCCGUUGCGACCUACGAUCCCAUGGCGCUUGACCCCGGCGGCAGAUUCCUGCAAGUAUCAGGGUUCGUGGUGGUGUUCGACAUCAACCAGCCCCCGGGGUCCCGAGUCGUGCGACUGCAGGCCCGCUGCGUGUCGUGCCGAGUGCCAGUCAUGGAGGACGUACAAGACGACCAAGUCUACAAGAUUGCAAUGCCCUCUUUUAUUGCAAACGGUGGCGACGGAUAUACAGUCAUACAAGACGAGAAAAUUCAACAUCAUCUUACAGGUCUACUAGACACGGACAUCUACUCGCAGUACAUCCAGAUGGUGUCACCGAUAUACCAGGGUCUCGAAAACAGAAUAUUGUUCGUCGAUUCGACCAAAGUUUGUUCGGACGCUGACAAGCCCCAGUCACCGCCCAUUGCCACGGACGGUCAGCGGCCGCUGGUGGCAGGCGGCCCGGAGACUCCGGCCUCCGGCCCAGCGCCCGGUCCGGCCCACAACCCUUUCCUGAUCGAACCCCAGCAGAUGAUAAACGAGAUGAUGACGCGCCACGACAACUACUUCAGGAAAUACUACGAGAAGAAACUCAAGAAGGAAAAGAAACGACUACUCGCCGAGCAGAUUAACUUGAAAGCUGCUUCACUAAAGUUGCAGGAAAGAUUCAAGGAAAUCAAACUGCACGAGCUCAACGUCAAGCUGCACGAGCGUAUACUGCAGAGCUUCGAUAGCUUGCAGAACAGUGACUUUGCCGUUGCUGUCACGGAAACUCCAGCCACAGGCGAAGAAUUGGUUGUGCCUCGAAUAUUUGUGUCUGCAGCUAACGGAGGAAACGCCAUAGAAAGUAUUGGAUUUUUGGCACCAGGUUUCAACGUUUCUCUGCCGCGAGCUCGGCUGCAAAUCGGUAGCGCAGUCGUUCUUCCGACUGCAGUGACGGGCACCAACGGUCCCGGGGUGGCUUCUGCAGUGUCCCCUGCCCGCGUGUUCAAUAUAUUUCAAAAAUUUUCCCCUGCAGUUGUCAAGUCUAAGCAAGUGGUGACUUUAUUGAACGCCACAAAAAACGUCAAUCAAAUCAAUCCGACCUCGCAUGGAUUUGAAUUCGAUGCUGUAAAUUUUGGUGAGCGAUUGAACGGAUAGCAUCGCGCAAGUUCGGCACUCCAUUAAGCCGGACGUAUAUCAUAGAUUCAUUAUUACGCAAUUAAACUAAUGUUAUCUAAUGUUCCUAACCGUUGAAAAUUUUAUCAAUAUUCUAUAAUUCGAGAAAAUUCAGUUCAACCUGAAUAAAGUAAUCUUGUGUAUCCGAGGCUGUAUAAAAACCUUUCUAAGGAGCCUGUGCUUCAUUACGUUAUAAUAGAAACGCCAAAGAAUCUUGGUCUCACUUGUAGAUGCUUCCGUUUCCAAGUUCUCCGGAUAGCCGCAAUAAUUCACUACUAAUAAUUAUAAUUUAGCUAUAGGUUUCAUGCAUUAGAUUAUAAAACUUGCAGCUAAAGAAUCAAUUAUUGUAAGGGAGAACUUUGAAAUAUCAUAAAUGAAGAAUUUUAAGCUAACGGCGGCUAAAACUUCUUGUCAAUUUUUGGUUAGUCUAAUAAGGAACGAUUGAGAGCGUAAUUUGAAGUCGUCGGCACCGACAUCACAGCGCCCAAGCUUAGCAAUACCGUCAAAGCGAGGAUAUGAGAACGACCGUCGUGACGAUAUAGCGCUAAAAUGAGCAUACUAACUGGUAUUUACCGGACACCAUUAACAAUUGCGAUGUAAUAUACUUUGUGUGAGUGAUCGUAAAUGAGAUGUGCGAGCAAUUACGCCACACAUCGCAAUUUAUUCACUAUCAAAUAAAUUCUACAAUAAAAUCCAAUCUUCGUCCUAAUGAUGCGAUUGCUGUCAAUAUAUAAUUCAACCCUCUACCAGUCUAUCGCCUGACACCAGUAACCGGAGCAAUAUUGUCACAAGCCUACUUCUCAAAAAGGAUAAGUUGUAUAAAGCGCAAAAUGACUUGCACUGAUGGUUGCCGCCACGUCUGACAACUUUAAAAUGUUCUCUGUCGCGUACAAACGCUCUCAGGUUGCUGCACGCAAUAGUUUCCGUAUAAUUUAAAUUGAAAGUUAUGUUCCCGGAGAGUGACGUACGGCAGUAGAGGGUCUUAUGCAAUGGAAAGAAUGUAACGUAAUUAUUUUGCCAGGCAUGUCCGCAAUUUUCCUAGUUCAGGCAUGAAUAGUUGGUUCAGGCAUGAAUAGAAUAGAAUAGUUCAGGCAUGAAUAGAAUACAUUUAGCCCAUGUCGGACAUGAUGGAAGGGGAAAAUGUGUUUCUGCAACAUUUACUAACGUAAUUUAAUCAACAAAUUAAGUUUAUAUACAUCAACAAUACACUUAGCUUACUUUGUACACUUCAACUGAUCUGAUAUAGACCAGAUAAUCAAAAGUACUAAGGAAUAACUUAGACAGUACGUGUCAUGAGAUCUUUUAGGAGUGCAGCCCGCUAAAACGAUGGAAAAUCUAUAAUGUUCUAUUCAUAAAUCAAAUAAAAUGUAUUGGCUUAGCUCCAUAAGAAUUUGACAAUGAAUGAAGAAGAACAAGAAUAAAGGAAG